AUGCCUUUUGAAUCAUCACCAGACACGUCUCCUGGCUCGCCAGACACCAAUGAUGUAUUUGAGUAUCCAAAUGGAAGUGGCAACUGUCAGGAGGCGACUCGUCACCAUUCUCUUCGCUAUUCCGCUCCACAUCGACCAUACACACUGCAGGACAUUACGUCAUCAAGUUCAGAUGCGUCCCUGUCUUCAGAUGAGGAAAUGUCUUUGGAUCAGAAAGAACCAUUCUUGCCUCUUCACCCAAACAGUGAGAGCCGCCAUGCAGAGAAACAGGUGAAGUACCAGACCCCGAUAACCUCAGGGAGUGGCAGUGGCACAGGCACUGGCAAGAGCACUUCAGCUACAAACACUGCAUCAACAACUACAGCAGCUUCAGAUCCUAGUGUGGAUUUUGAGCUGGAUUUUAAGGUCUUCAUUAAUAGUGGAAAGUGGAUUUUACAUCCCAAGGAAAGCAAAGAAGAAGACCUGAAGAAAGUUGCCAAAAAGCCUGAAACAUCACCAGUUCCUAAUAGAAAAAAGAUGAAACGCCAAGAGUCCAAUACUGCUCUAUUCAGUCAUGCAUCCCAUGGGAAGAAGGCUCCACCCUUGCAGCAGCCAUCUGUUGAGAAUACUGUGUUCUUUUUGCCAGGUUUGGAUGUUCGAGUGCACUACAACUCAAAAACAAGUACAUUAGAUUCUCCAGCCUCCAAACCACCUGGCUUCUCUGCCAAUUUAGCACAAGAAGUCAUGGCAGAGAGUAAAGAUAAAGACAAAGAGACAUGUCCUGUACCCAGUAUAAAACGGAGUGGGGUUAAAAAAGCCAAUCUCUAUGCUUGGGUUUUCCUACAGUCAUUGCCUGAGGAAAUGGUCAUCAGCCCUUACUUACUAGAUUUCUUAGAGCAAGCAUUGGAACCCUUACCAUUAUCUCAGCCAUUUUCAACCAAAAAAGCUGAACUUGUGGGUCAGGUUUUGAUGGAUUUGGAUGCGUCUACCACAUCUCUUGGGUUACCUGUUGGCUAUGCGUCAUUUCCAGUCGAUGUUGUUGUCUUCAUUCGAGUGGAAUCAUCUAUUAUACGAUUCAACUGUGUUCCUAUGUCACGCGUUGAAUGCAUGAUUCAAGUCCCUUCUCUUGAAACUGUCUUCUCCACUAAAGGAACAGAAGAAAACUUUGUUGGCGAAGGAACCCCUCCUUUAAAAGCUAAAAAUCAUAAACGUUCUUCAUCUGUUCAUCGUGAAAGGAAUCUCAGUGGUAAUCAAAAUGGUACCUCAUCUGCUUCAGGCAUUGCUAGUGGUGGCAGCAGUAAUACUCUGGGGCAAGGUGGCACCAGGCCACGAGUCAGCAGUACUGCUUCUGAAUAUGCAAAUCAAGCCCAGCUCUCAUCGUCGGGAGGUCUCAGUUUUACUGGAUGCCUCUCCAAUUUCUCACUGUAUAUUUUCCAUCCAUAUGGAGGUGGGCAGAGAAAGCCACAGACUGUUGGGUCUCCUGGAUAUUCAGGUUUUCAAAAGUCAGAACUUGGAAGCAUUCAAGAACAUGGCGGCAACAUAUUUACAGAAUUUGCCCGGAAAGAUUCCCUCAGUCUCAAUGUUGAGUUCAUCAAAGUGCACAUCUCACGCAGUCGCAAGUUAGAUUUACGGCUGGGGGAGACAUUAAUUGGUAGCACUGGUGCAACUAUCGGACCGACUCCUCAACCCGCGACAAGCUCUGCAGGUGUACGUGCAGAAGGAAUUAAGUCAAACUGUGUGAGAUUUUCAGCUAUCUGUGAUAUAGGAUCAGCAUCAUUCAAAUAUGAUAUGCGACGCCUUUCUGAAAUUUUGUCUUUCCCCAAAGCGUGGUACCGCCGUAAUUUGGCUCGGCGGAUGUUUCUGGGCGAUGAGAGUGUAGCUCAGGCUGCCUCAGAUGAAGAUAUAUUUAGCUCCUCCUCCUGCAGUAGUUCUCUGGCCAGUGACACACCACAGCUUAUUUCUGUUAUGAAAUCGCACACUUCCCCUGCCCUACACAUUUAUAACGGUGUGGGAAUGUCGACUGGCCUGGACCUCCCCACUUGUGAUUGCAACAGUCACCUGUCCAGCCGGUUGUCAUCAUCAUCAUCAUCAUCAUCGUCCAAGUGCCGACUGAGUGGCCCUUCCACCUCUGGCUCCAAACACUACCACUACAAGAAGCACCAUCGACGGGCCUCUUCAGGCGAUAAGUGGAAAAUACAAGUUAGCCAGGAACUAAAGGCUGAAAUUGCAAAAUUCUCGAGCAAAGGCCCUAGUGGUUCUGUCCCUCCGUCUCCAGAUGCACCGAAUUUGGAAGUUCCAUUGGCACCACCACCGAAACCACAACAGCCUCCCAAGAAUAAAUUAGGAAUUGGCCAGUAUUUCUCUCCAGAGCUGAGUAGGCAUCGGAAUAACUCUGGUCACCAGGCAUCAGGAAUGUCCAAUGCGUGGGAAACGCUUGUUUUAUUUGCUGUGAAUCUUUCAACCCUUGACGUCAAUGUUAACAUGAGCAAUGUUAUGGGAAAUACUACGUGGACAACAAAAGAGAUAAAAAGCCAAGGUCGACUCUCUAUUGAUAGUUUUGGACAUAAAAAUAUGAAAGUCUCAGCUGGAUUGGGCAGCUCGAUGCUUGUGUCUAAAGGAGGUGUUGUUGGGGUUACUGUACAAGAAGAUCCUGACCAAGGCAAAGCCCCUGAUCACCAGGCAGGUGUCAGCCUUUUUGCUGCAGAAGCUCGUCUUGAUUACAUGGGUUCCAGUGUACUUAUGACUCGAAUGAGUGAACUCAAUCUCCACCUCAGAGAUGAAUGGCUUUUAGAGCCUGACAUGAAACCUGACAUACCAUUGGCCACAAUGAGACCUGCAAUCUUAUUUGUGCAUGGAAUGCUUGACUGGGAUAAAUUCCAUAUGAUGAUUUCCCGAUCAACAACCCCAGAUUUAUUAAAAAUGGCUGCUAAGCUGGAAGAAUUCUUCAUCAUGUAUUUGACUAACAGUAAACGUGUUCUGUCUGCGUUUGGUCCAAUUGGCGGAUCAAUAAAGAGCAAAUCUUCAACCAAACGCAAGAACUCUGAAGAUUUAGGUGUCAACUACAGCACUAUAUGGCAUCACAGACAUUGGCAGAAAGUGCUUGCUAAUGCUGCUGGAUGUAGUUUUUCUAUGCUACCCUCACCACUUCCCAAAGAAGGCACUAUUCUUGGAGGCACCAUCACAUUGAAAGGCAACAAUCUUUCUUUGGCCUGCUUCCAUGGUUUCAAUUUCCGUUCCAAGUCUUGGGCAAUCUUCUCCAUCAGUGAACCCGAUAUCAUUUUUGCAACUGAAGCACAAAUCAGUGCUGAAGGAGGAACUUGUGUGGUCCAAGAUCUGACAGUACAUGUUGGUCAUGAUACAACACAGCAUAUCAGUGAGAAGAAUAUGGCCACUAUUUGUAAACUUUCACGUGGUCACUAUAUGCCCCCACCAUUCACAAGUGUCCAAGAAUGGUUCCACUAUGCUUUCGCCUGUGCAGAUAUAAAAGAUCUUGAUUCAUUUCCGGCAAUCCAACGUGAAAAAGCUGAAAGCCCAACUGAGCAGAAAAAGUCUCGCAAGACCCAAGACUACAAUCAUGACCGUGAAAUUAUCUUUGCUUUUCCACCCAUGCAGAUGCACUUCAAGACGAAACAUUUCCAAGGAGAACAUGAGCCAACCAUGGAAGAUUCCAAACCAAUUGUUGAAUGCAGUUUUAUAACAGAGUUUGAAGAUCACAUUUCUGUGGCGAUGGAUGCAGAAGUUAUUUGGUUUUUACACGAUUUGGUUUCAUCAUACAUCAAAGAGAAAGAUAAAUAUACAACACGCUUUGCCUCGAGUACAAAAAGCAGCAGUGGCAUCAAGUCCCCAGAGGUGGAGAGGAAAAAGCUUACCGACCCUACAGCAGCUCUCAAACAAGAUUGGCGCCAGUUUGAAUGCAAGACUUGGCACUUGGAACCCACAGUUCGACUGGUCCAUUGGGCGAGCAGUCAGAUUGAUCCAAUUGGAGUGGACUACAUUCUACAGAAACUUGGAUUCUCUCAUGCCCGUGUCACGAUCCCAAAAUGGAUGCAGCGUGGAUUCAUGGACCCCAUGGACAAAGUGCUGUCUGUCCUUGUCAACAAGCUGAUGCUUGUGUUACGAGAGAAGCCAACAACUGGUGACGAAGAUACCUGA